CUGACAGAGCGUAGGCUAUCCCCUCUCUUGACUACAGUGCGUUCAACUGCGAUAGACAUGACGCUGAACGCGAAGCCCGUGUCUAAAUGGCAAGAACCAAGAUUAUUAAAAGUCUUAUCAGCCGUAUUCUAUGCUCUUAGCUCCUUUUUAAUAAUCGUUGUAAAUAAGAUUGUCUUGACGAACUACAGAUUCCCGUCAUUCAUGUUCCUUGGAAUUGGACAGAUGGCGAUGACUAUUAUUAUUCUGUAUGCCGGCAAAGCUCUCCACUUAAUUCAUUUCCAAGGCUUGGACAAAAGUAUAUUUAGAAAGAUAUUUCCUCUUCCCCUGCUGUACAUGGGGAAUCACCUUACAGGCCUGGCAAGCACUAAGAAAUUAAGUUUACCUAUGUUCACAGUACUAAGAAAAUUCACUAUACUGAUGACCAUGGUUCUGGAAUCCAUAAUACUAAGGAAAACAUUUCCCAAGAGUUUGGUGUCCAGUGUAUUUGCCAUAGUCUUUGGAGCUGUGGUGGCAGCAGGCUCUGAUCUAGCCUUUGAUGCAGAGGGAUAUGCUUUCAUUCUGCUCAACGAUGUCUUCACAGCUUCCAGUGGUGUUUACACUAAGAAGAAACUAGGUUCUGAGGGUCUGGGUAAAUAUGGAGUGCUUUUCUACAACGCACUAAUUAUUAUCGUCCCAACACUGUUACUGAGCGCUUACACUGGAGACUUGCAGAAGGCUGUUGCUUUUAAAGACUGGUACAACCUGACAUUCAUCGUUUGCUUCCUGAUGUCCUCUGUCAUGGGAUUCAUUCUGAUGUAUUCCAUCGUGUUGUGCAGCCACUACAACAGUGCUCUCACCACUGCGGUGGUUGGUGCCAUUAAGAAUGUUGGAGUGGCUUACAUUGGCAUGUUUGUUGGAGGUGAUUACCUGUUUUCAUGGCUCAAUUUCAUCGGGUUGAAUAUCUGCAUGGCAGGUGGGCUGGUAUACUCCUACCUGACAUUCCACAGCCACAGCUCAGCUGAUCCCAUGCUCAGUCCAACAGAAGACAAAGUUAGAGCUCAAGUACAGGAGGAGGCCAGUGAAAGCAGGCUAAGGAGGAGUGGAUCUCUCAAUGCCUGCUGACCUAAGAAUGACCUCUCUCCACCACAGCCUUCACCCAUGGAGCUGCACAUUAUUUAUUUUUAUGGACCCUUUCAAGAGAGUUCCAUUACCAGCAUCAUAGUUGGCCCCACAAGACUUCCUUUUUAACAUUCCAUAUGUUAUCUUAAUGCAGAGGAAGUAGAUUGGGGCCCAAAUAGAACGUUCAAGCAUUGUUUUUGUUUUUAUUGUUGAAAGGGUCUAUAAGAGCACAUAUGUAUGACCUUUGAACAACAGAUAAUGUUCUUUUAUAUGACUUACAGCUAAAACACUACCUUGAAAAAAUACAUGUCCAUCCAUGUAAUAAAUGUUUAAAAUGUAA